CACCUCUUCACUACCGACUCUAUGUCAUGUAUGUCUGACACUGUCAAAUCUGGGUUCGCCAUGGAAAACAGCACACCACCCACAUCCAUUCCGAGUGGUUCUCGCGAAACAGUCGCUGAAGGCCCGGUUUCUCUCGUCUCAAGGGGCUUACUCGAGCGUGAAGGGCAGACUCAGUGUAUUGCGAUAAAGACAUCCACCAUCCACCACAGACAUGCCAAAGAACCACACGACAUCAUCAAAGAGGCGAGGCUGAUCGCCUCCGUGUGUCAUCCAAACGUGGUCCCUAUCUUAGGCCAUGACAUUGAUUCAGCGCGGCAGACUAUGAGCUUUUGGAUGCCAUACGUGCCUUCGUCUUUGAUCGCGUUGUUAUCUUCGAAUGACUUUUCUCCUCAUCCACUCAUUUCAAUCCUGCUUGCAGAUCCGUCAAGUCCCAGUCCACGCGAGCAGCGCUUUGUCCUCGUCGCAAAAUCGCUCGUGUUUCAAAUUUUAAGCGGUGUCGCAUUCCUUCAUGAGACAGCAAAGAUCGCACACCGAGAUAUCAAACCAAGCAACAUACUCCUCACCUUAUCUGGCCGAGUCCAGCUUAUCGACUUUGGCAUAUCCUGGAAGGAAGGAGAGGAUCUUGCCGCAAAGAAAAACGAUUUAUGGGUUGAAACCCCGGAAAAGAUGUAUUUCGAAGUUUCUACAGGACCAUACCGUGCUCCUGAGCUCCUGUUUGGGCCUAGGAGUUAUGAUGCAUUCGCGAUCGACUCUUGGAGCCUCGGAGCGACUUUUGCGGAAUUUUUCACCUCCGUUCGUCUGUUCAACCCGCUUGACGACGAAGAUUUCGAUUUUGAGGGCGAUGAGCUGUCUGAUUCGGACGACAAUAGCCCGUCGAAGUCAGCUGAGCCGUUUAUCAUACCAAAGAGACUUCGCGUCGGAGAUCCCACGAACAGGUGGACCAGGGAUUCAUUAUUUGAUUCCACACGUGGAGAGAUUGGCUUAGCAUGGAGUAUUUUCAAGACACGAGGUUCGCCUAACGAGACCAAUUGGCCAUCCUUUUUGAGCCUACCGGAUGCGAACAAGUUGUCCUUUAUCAAUGUGGAGCCUGUUGAGCUUUGCUCCAUCCUGCCCAAUUUAUCUUCGUCCACACAGCAACACGAGGUCGAUACGAAGACACACAUUCCACCAGAAACCAUGCUGCCAACUCCUGUCGAUCUUAUCCACCGAUUCGUUGUAUACGAACCAUCUCGGCGUCUCCGCCCUUCCAAGGCCUUGACUCACCCCUGGUUCACUUCUGAACCACCGUUACUUCUACCAGAUGACUUUCCUGUUGGAUGUAUCCAUGGUGAGGCCCCAACGAGCCUUCACUGGGGCGCAAAGUCUCUGGGAGAAUGGAUUUCGGAUGUUCAUCCCAGUGGCGCAAUUUGAAGGGAUGGGUAGAAUGAGGAUACGAUAACAUCAUUUGUUAUACAAUGCAUAUAAUUUACAAAACA